AUGAGGAGGUUGCGACUGGCAGCACAGUGGGGCUAUCACGUAUUUGGGCGGGUGGGCUGUUGGUGGGGACUGCGGGGUGUGAGCACCGUCACGGUGCCAGACGUGGACUGCCCGCGCGACCAGCAGGCGGCAGCACGCGGGCUGCACCUGGCCUGGGUUGGCAUUCCGCUCAUGGUGCUGGUGCUGGUGGUCGAUCAUGGCAUCAGCAUCGUGGAUGAAAUCAAGCAAUGCACAAAGGCAUUUCUUGAACGCAACAAUGUCGCCCUGGCGACAGCAUACCACGGUGUGCAUGGUGUCGGGCUUGUGGCCAGUGUUGGCCUGGGCGUGGUUGCAGCAGUUCACUCUUGCAUUAAGCACCUGAAGGUGCAGCCUGGCCGGCCCCGCGUGUCGCGGCUGAAGCGCCCCAAGCAGCAACUUGAUCUGGCCCCUGCAUCUGCGGGGGGCAUGCUGCCGGCCGCCGGAACGUCCACCAUGGGCCAGCUGAAGGAAGAAGGUACGAAGUCGGACUGGAGCCUUGUAAUGAGCGAUGCCGUUACCUGGAUUACAGUCCGGUGUAGAAGCAUGGGACGUGCAAUUAUAUGGAGUCUUAAAAGCUUGGUAACCAGAUGGACACCGCUGCAUGGUGGCUACUGCUUUCAGUAUCAACCUGGCUGGCAGGCCCCUUCCGAUCAGCUUCACAUCCGCAAGGCCAGAGCAUGCAGCAUCGCCAAUGUUUUGACCACCUGCUCCCGUAACUUAAGAACCGAAUACUGUAUGCCAGUGCCAUGGGCCCAGCACUCUCCCGGAAAGGCACAAAUAGGCUACCCGCUGUCCCUUGUCUAUCUGAUACUGCGACCAGCGACUUUAUGCAUGAAACUGCUGGUCACAAGAAGGCUGCUUCACGCGUACUUGUUGCCUUCCUUUGGUCCUAAACGGCCUCCGGUUCGACGCUAUCACCCUUUUGCGGUCCAGCAGAGCUUGGACCUUGUGUUCACCGGCCCUGUCCGGGAUGGAAUGCCCUUUGCCGUCCUAAGCAGCGUGACCCAUUAUAACAGCUUGCUUCCUAGCAAGGACAACAGCUACUGUCCUCCUGUCCUACGGUACUGGUAA